CCCUCACCCAAAGCCCUCCCGCAAUUCGAAAAUGUGGAUUAUCGAUUGGUUCUGGGACAUUCUUGCCCAACUGGGUCUUGCAAACAAGAACGCCAAGAUCCUUUUCUUGGGCCUUGAUAAUGCUGGAAAGACCACCCUUCUCCACAUGCUCAAGAAUGACCGUUUGGCUACCCUGCAACCCACCCUCCAUCCCACUUCCGAGGAAUUGGCCAUCGGCAAUGUAAGAUUCACCACCCAUGACCUUGGUGGGCACCAGCAAGCGCGACGUCUCUGGCGGGAUUACUUCCCCGAAGUUGACGGUAUUGUCUUCCUUGUCGAUAGUGCUGACUUUGAGCGCUUUGCCGAGUCGAAAGCCGAGCUUGACUCCCUGCUAUCAAUUGAGGAGCUCAACAAAGUCCCAUUCCUCAUCCUUGGGAACAAAAUCGAUGCGCCUGGUGCUGUCAGUGAAGAGGAGCUGAGACAUCACCUCGGUCUCUAUCAGACAACUGGGAAGGGCAAAGUGCCUCUGAAGGACAUCCGUCCAAUUGAGAUUUUCAUGUGCUCCGUGGUUCAGCGAAUGGGUUACGGUGAAGGAUUCCGAUGGCUCUCCCAAUAUGUUUAAAUGGGAUUCGUUUCCAUAUAAUACCGGUUCAUGAGGACAGACAUGCUCUACUAACAUCGUGUGCUCAGACUCCGUGCACAGCCUUGCUAGUUCUUUUAUUGCUUUCCAUACGUUGUCCUCGCGGGUUACUUUGCAGUUUUAAAUUACCAUU